AUGAGUCUUCAGGUACUGAGCAAGAAGCUAGCGAGUCGCGCCGUGACGCCGACACUCGCACGCGCUGUGAGUACAGAGAACUACUCAUCUAGACAGGAAGCAUUGGGUCGUCCCAUCUCGCCUAAUGUGACCAUCUACAAGUUUCCCGUGAGCGCCAUUUCGUCCAUUGCAAACCGUUUCUCGGCCGUCGGCAUGUCGUUUGCCUUUGUAGGUGGCAGUGCACUGGGCUUCGUGGGUGCUGACGUGCCUGGACUCAUCUACAUGGCGCAAGACACCAUCCCUUUCUUUGCGCCGGCUUCUAAGCUGCUCGUGGCAUUUCCUGCGAGCUAUCACGUGCUCUGCGCGGUGCGUCACAGCCUCUGGACGUACAAACCCGAGCUCAUUAACAAUGUGGAGGGACCUUCAAGCUCAUACGCGGUCUUUGCUGCGGCUGGAGUUAUCAGUUUGGGCGCUGCUGCUUACACUAUCAAGUCACCAUAA